CAUACAGUCGCGUGGUCUUCCUUCUCUGGAAGAGCUAGUAAAAUGCUUUAUGGAAUUGGUUUCGCAUUACGCCCAAUUGUUAUUGAGUGGACAAUUUAUUCUAUAAAACAGAUUCCAUUGUUGCUAACUUAGACAUAUUUACCAAAGUAGCUAGCCUUAUCGGAUCUACCGAAUUUCUUAUGUGCCCUUCUGUAGUGUGUUUUUUUUGCAUUUGGCGAGCUAGAUGUUGAAAUCCUUUGCACAGAACCUAACGGGAAACCAAGGGAGCCAUUUGUGUUCACGAUAAAUAUAAUAUGAAAUGGAAUUUGUUGCUGGAAGGAACUUGUGACGGUACCUGUUUGACUCGAUCCGAGACGAAAUAUAGAUAUGCCAUAUGUGCGAACUAGAACAAUGAAAAUGUUCACCCAAUCCUUGAAUGUUUGCUCAAAACAGUGUUUCCACUACUGUGUGUCUGUGCUCAUGUUGUACGUGGUGUGCGGAGUGCGCGCGUGCAAGUUCCCGCGCUACCUGGAGACGAGCGCCAUGUGGAUGACCCACAACGAGCACGGCAACCAGAACAAGGGCUACUUCACCGACCAGUUUAUGAAGGCCUCCCGCUGUGACGGAGGAAACUGCUACCAGUACCAACGAAAGUGCCUCUCCAAACACAGCGACGACAAGUUUGAGGUGCAGCACACCACCGUUAAGCCCAACUCACCACCCAUGUAUCUGUGUAUGCAAAUCCUGCGCCGAAGUGACAGUAUUAUACAAAUACGCGAAUCUUCCGAACUGUACUAUCGCAGUCCUAACGCGUGCAGCGAAAAGCACCUUAUUCUGGAUAACUGGCCUAUGGUGACUUCUGAAAACUUUGAAAAGCAAAAAAUCGCGUGUCCGUUCUCCGGCGGGUACAACAUCCGGUUCCACUCCUCCGACAACGAGCCUAAAUGCGCGACGGAGAUCAUCCCACCGCGCCUUGAGAGCGAAUGUGAAGCCGGGGACGGCAUGACUAUCAAUUUCCAGUCAGAGGCGUGCCGAAUACCCGCUCUUGAGAUGGCCAAGGUACAGCCCAUAUAUUGUGCCGCCACGUGGACUUUUAAUAAUUUCACAUUUGUAAUACUUAGACCUCAAAGUGACGAUUUUAAGGCGUGGUGUAUGAGAAUUAAAGGCACAGACAUGAAUAAAAAGAUCGAGCACGGUGAAAUAUUUAUUGACUUUGUGUGCGCACCGGGUGACGGGAGUGGAACUAUACGAGAGACGUCAAACUACCUGUCCAUUGAGUUUGAACAGCGGAUCAUCAGCUCCACGUGUGCGGACUCGUAUAGUUUCUGUGACGAUCGUCGGCUGUGCAAGCAGGAAAUGUACAGCAUCCAUUGCCGGAAGUUCUGCAAUUACUGCACGGGUGACCCGAGCAUGUGCUCCUUCCCGGGCUCCUUGCAGGGCACGUGGCUCGAACGAUUCCAUGAAACUGAGUGGCGCCUGGACGUGGAGUUCUACUCAUUGUCGAUGACGGGGCGAGGCCGGUUCCAGUGCCACGAGAAGGACGAGCACGACUUCCUCAACAACACCAUGCUACUGCAGACCUUCAACAACGGCUGCUUCCCGCGCUAUGCGUGCCUUGAGGUCCGGAAGCACGCCCCUUCCAUCCUGGAGUACCGCCUGAGUAACCGCGUAGGCUGGCCCAUCAAGUCCUGGGACACGCUCAAGGACGAUGUUUGUGACGACUCUAUGUUCAAGCCGAACGCCGAGGACCGGGAAAUGUUCGGUAAGGGCAUUGAGGAGAAGCCCAUGCGGAACAUAGUGGAUAUCGCCUUCCACUCUAAAGUGAACUGUGAGCUUGAGGACUUUCCGCUGUUCCGGGACAACCAGGUGUAUGUGCAUGAGGAGGAUGUGUGCGAUUACUGCCUCAUGUACAACCCUGCACACCGCACCACACAUCUCGGUCUCCAUCCGCUCAAUUGCUCAUCACCAAGCCUCAGUCUCAGCCAGAAGGAAUAUCACUGUCUUGGGGUGUUUCCUCAUGACGAGAACGCGCAUUCGGUGAUCACUCGGACGAUGCACCACCACCAGGAGUACAUGUGCUGGGUGUUCAUUCACGGCGACGACCGGGAGGAGCGCCUCGGUACCAUUUACGUGGUGGACGCUACUAUCUGUGGCAGCGCCGCCGUCGAGGGGCUCAAGAGCGGCAGUAUGGAGGCACUACGAACCUUCACGGUGCCCUCUCAGCCGCGCUCUUGUCCUUAUUUGCCGGAAGUUCAGACGCCUACGCUGACCCCGCGGACGACGACCCCACGCGCGCCCACGUCCUACGGGUCCGACGUGCCUGUCCAGAGCGAGCGGCCAACGGAUCGCCGUUGGCCUGACCACACCUGGCGAGCAGGCCCAUCCUCACCACAAACAGACAGAUUAUCAAACCGGGCACACGGCUUUAAACCUUCUUCUAACAGUUUUCUUCCUUUUACACUCAUCUAUUUUAUAUCUAACUUGCACUGCGUUUAACGUUUUCAGUAAUUAUUGAAUUUACAAUUUGUAUACAUAGAACUUUUUCAUAUACUAUAGCCAAAGAUAUGUCAUUUAAACUGCUUAAGUGUAAAUUAGAAUCCAUUUGGAAUGCGUUCUAACAUACGUUCACUCGAUCGAUGAAUAUUCAUUGAAAGUAUGUUAUUUUGUUAAAAUAUGUACUUUUAUACUGGCCUAACUACAGCAACACCAUUGCAUAUUUAGUCUCUUUAAAAUAGUAUUGUUUCAAAAGAAACAUACAGAGGCAUACAACUGUAUGCGACAUAUUUGUUGAAAUAUCUGCAGUUUAACCUUAGUUAUAAUACAUCACAAUGACUUACGGUUAAACAAUGUCUUGGUAAGAAGCAUGGACCUUGAAUGCUUAAUAGUAGCUCGCAAACAAUACGAAGUGUUAGAUAUACGCCUGAAAGUCCAUUACGAAAAUAAGAUAUUUAUCAUAGUGUACAUACAGAAGUAUGUGAAAGAAGUAAGGUUCCAUAUUAAGUAACACAUUUAUAAAUAGUUCCAUACAUUUGAGUUUCACAUUCCUAUAUUUAUAUUAUACAUUGCAUCAAUGCGUAUUUAGGAGUGAGAGUGGUCCGGGUAGGGGGUGGGGGGGUUAGUGGUGGGGAAUUGUUCAAUGUUAUAGGUGUCCGCCUCUCAGCGCAGAGAUUCGAUCCCCACCACGGGUCACUUCUCACGGGGCUCUCAAGAAGGACACCAGAAUUAUUUCUGCCUACGACACGGACUCGACAGUUUUCUUUCUGCCCACGUCACGGACUCGAACGUGUUCUAUAAGCUGUCAGCUUUCACCCCAAUCGAGUUUAAAGAAAUUUGUAUAAGCUAAUGCGAUUUUGAUUUCAAGAAGGUCUUUCCUGGUAAAAUACCAUCUAAAGCCAGACGAACGGUCAUAACUGUAAGGUAUUAAAAUCGUUUAAAUUGUCAUAUAGGAAACAUUAAGGUAGUUCUCUAGUAAUCAAGUUAGAAAUGAAAUGGAUUUACGAUCGUCUUGAAUUCCUACAUGAUAUUGCGGCUUUUAUCCCGCACUAGUGUGGCAGGACGGAGUACUUCAUGACAUUGUAGCUUUUAUCUCGCACCAGUGUGGCAGGACGUAGUUUCUACAUGACAUUGCAGCUUUAACCUCGCAUCAGUGUGGCAUGACGUAGUUUCUACAUGGCAUUGCGGCUUUUGUCUCGCAUUAUUGUGGCAUGACGUUGUCUUUAUUUAAAGUAUUUAAUUGUUUGUCUGUGGCCGGUUAGCUAGAUGGUAAAUCACCGAGCUUGCACGACUCGAUUUAAGAGUUUAAGUGUGUGUGACAAGUUAGCUAAAUGGUAGAUCACCGUACUAGUGUGUAUAAGCAAUAAAUUGGCUAAAUGGUAGGACACCGUGCUAGUGUUCCAACACGACACGGUAUAAGCAUUGAAUUGUGUUUGGCAUUGGCAUUGGCUAGUGCUAGUGUUCCUGAACCACGUGUUUAAGCACAUGUGCGUGGCUGGCUAGGUUGAUGGUAGAGGUCCUUGCUAUAGCAAAAAUAAUUCCAAAUGUAUGUGUCACAUUUUUUCUUGUAUUUGCCUUACUCGAGUUACCUAACACACGAUCUUCUGUACCAAUUGCUGUUUAAUCUAUUCUAUAACGAAAUACUUGCCUGACUUUUUUCGGUAUUACGUUGUUUGUAGUCAUUUUAUUUAAUUACGUUUUAAGCAUUUACAUUUUGUAUAUCCAUUGUACAUGUUAUCGCGUGCUCCUGUUUUACAGUCGCUUUUUGUAAAAAAAAGUAUCAUACAUGUACAUAUUAUAUAAUUAUCUAUUUACAUUAUUCACAUGUGCUGUUGAAUACAGAUUGUUCCCCUAGAGAUUUAAGCUUGAGAGCCUCGUGUGAUUCUUUGUCAGUAGAUGUGGAAUAAACACUCUGGCAACGGGUCAGCGUUAUUCUAAUGUGGAGGGUUUAUGCUUUUUUUCUAGGUUUAUCUCAACACUUCAAAACUAGUUCGUUGUCAACAUGAUAAAACCCAAGAUGGAUUUGCUCUUUAAAAAUUGAUAAAACAAGUUUUGAUUUGCUGGAAUGUAUGCCAUUAUAUAAUUAUAGACAGUGCUGUGAACAUGUUAAGCAUAAUUGAGUGAAGUAAUUUCCAAAUGUGCGAAGUGUAUACGAGAAAUUUCGCAUUUUUUAAGACAUAGUUAUUAUAAAGAUGUUAUAUAAUGAAUAAAACGAUACGAGUUUG